CUUUUACUCUCCUCCCUUGUAUUCGUAGUCAACAACUACUAUAUUUUUAUGACACCCACCGUGAAAUCACCGCCUUCCUCAAUCUUCUGGCUAUUCCUUCAUUGACCUCCCCCAGCUUAAAUAAUCCCCAAUCUCUCCCCCCUAACCCUAAAUCCCUCUUGCCCCAUUUUUUCUGAUUUUAGAGUUUGUGUGUUGCACACUGCAAAUUAUUAGGGAUUUUCGUAUUGUUGAGUAUGGUGGUGGGUUGAUUGAGAGUUGAGAGCUGAGCAAAAAUGGAGGGGAGUGAUGAGACGGGGAGUAGCGGUAAUAAGCAAAGACCCAAUUCACCAUUCGGGUCUCCGUCUUCUUCGUUUUCGAGACCACAUCAUCAUGUAGACAUCCCCAAUUUCAGCUCCUCAUCAUCUCAGAUAGGUCUACCCAUGCGUCAACUUCCCCCCAGCCCCGAGAAUCCCAAGCGGCCUGGUAUUCCUCCUUCCCAUCCCAACAACCCCAUGAGGCCUCAACUGCCUUCUUCUCCUUCUUGGCAAAUGGGAGCUGCUGCGGCUCAUUCCAGGUCUUUAUCUCAGCCCGCGUUUUUUAAUCUGGAUAGUCUGCCCCCUCUGAGUCCUCUGACUAAUUACCGUGAGACGACUGCUUCUCCUUCGCUCUCGGACCCUCCGAUAUCGGCGGAUGUGAACAUGGAGGAGUCUGUGGUGAACUCUCUGCGGUCUCCGGUGACUGAGAGUAGUCCGUUUUGGGCCAGAGAUGGGCUGCCGCCGAGGAGGGGGCAUAGGAGGUCCAGCAGUGAUGUGCCGUUGGGAUUCUCUGCCGUGAUUCAGUCCUCGCCGCAGCUUAUUCCGAUUGGGAGGAGGGGGAGUUUUGAUGGCAAGGAGGGUCUGGGAGUUUCGAAACCGGUGCAGCUUGUGAGGCAAGGGUCGAAUGGGGAUGGGAGCAACAAUGUGGAUGUGAAAUCGGGCGGGGAGGUUGUGGAUGAUUUGUUUAGUGCUUAUAUGAACUUGGAGAAUAUUGAUAGGAUGAACUCGCCGGGCGGUGAGGAUAGUAGGGCGAGUGGCUCGAAGACGAAUGGGGGUGAGAGUAGUGAUAAUGAGGUGGAGAGUGGGGUGAAUGGGAAGUGGAAGAAGGAAGGGGUGAAGAGGAGUGCUGGUGGAGAUGCAGGGCGUACUGUGAGACACUGUAGGAGUGUUUCGAUGGAUAGUUAUAUGGAUAAUUUGAAUUUCGAUGAUGAAAUGCUCAAGCCUCUGCCGUUGGGAAGUCAGGUUGGUCAGCUGUCACCUGGGACUUCGAUGGAUGGGGCUCCGGCUAAGUUCAGCAUGGAGUUUGGGAGUGGCGAGUUCAAUGCGAUUGAGCUGAAGAAGAUAAUGGAGAGCGAGAAGCUUUCAGAGAUUGCUGUAGCGGACCCCAAACGUGCAAAGAGGAUAUUAGCUAACCGUCAGUCAGCUGCUCGUUCUAAGGAGCGGAAGAUGCGAUACAUUGUAGAAUUGGAGCACAAGGUGCAAACCCUGCAGACUGAGGCAACUACUUUAUCUGCGCAGGUUACUAAGUUGCAGAGGGAAUCUAUGGGUCUUACAAGUGAGAACAGUGAACUGAAAUUCCGUCUUCAAGCUAUGGAGCAACAGGCGCAACUUAAAGAUGCUCUAAAUGAGGCCUUGACUGGAGAAGUCCAGCGACUAAGAAUUUCUGCUGCAGACAUGGGAGGAGAAGGCAACCGUUCGAACCGCAUGUCCCAGCAGCUUAUCAAUCAACAAAUGCUCUCACUACAGCAACUCAACCUCUACCAGAUGCAGCAGCAGCCACAACAACAGCAAACUCCACAACAGAUAAUGCAGCAAUCACAGCAAAACAGACCACCUUCCUCCCAUCAGCAGAAUGGCAGUGCUCCUAAGCACGAGUCGAUGCAAUAGCUGGGUUCCCAUGUUGGCUUGUGUUGCGUGAUUCGAUGGUUAACGGUGGUGGCUAAAUUCGUUUCUAAUAUCCAUAGCAUGAGUCCAUAUAUCAUAAGUAAUCGACAUAUUUAUGUAUUAUAAUUAAAUUUACUCCACAGGUAAGAACAUUUUUUGGUUUAUUGGGUUGGUUAUUGUACUAGAAGGCUUACUAGGAGAAACAUCAAUCCAUGGAGAAGUGUCUUGUAGGUUUUGUAUGGAGAUUUCCAAUCUACUACAUUUGUUAUCGCUGUUCUUGACAGA